AUGACGAGACGUGAAAGGGAGACCGCCCGCUCGACCAGCUCCCACGGCGAGGGUUCGCGGAUCUCUUCACGAUUCGGUCCGACCUUCACGAUCACCUCUCGGUCCUGGCGAAUCUCGAUGUCCGGUAUCCCUGGAGUCGACCUGGCGUUGCUUCAGGUAUUAGGGCUGCCUACGGCAGGCGAUACUCACCUGAUUUACUAUGAGCUACGAUGUACUCUUGUCUUCGGGAAUUGA